AUGAAGGGAAUAGUUUUUGCAGUUGUGUGUCUGCUUAUGAGGUCAAUUGAGGCGUACAACAAGGAAAUGACCGUGAAUAUUGAUGCCGGCAAGAGGGAAUGCUUCUAUCACAGCGUAAAACUUGGGGAGACCAUCGACUUGGACUACCAGGUGAUCGAUGGAGGUCAUGGGGAUCUAGAUGUGAGCUUUGAAUUGCUAGAUCCAGUGAAUAAAGUCAUCUAUGUGGACUACAAACGAUCAGACAAUAUUCAUCGGCAUGAGGCAAAGAUGUCCGGAGACUACAAAUUCUGCUUCGACAAUACCUUCAGUUCGUUCAGCCGGAAGACGGUGUUCUUUGAGUUGAUUGUGGAGAGUGAUGGGGAUACAGAAGAAGACAAGUGGGAGGAUAUGUUUGAGGGAUUACGCCCUGAGGAAGUCUAUGAUAUGAAGGUUCAAGAUAUCCAGGAAUCCAUCAUUCGGAUAAGGACACAUCUCACAAGGGCGCGGCAGCUGCAGGAUCUGCUGAGAUCCUUCGAGGCCAGGGAUAGAAAUGUGGCUGAGGAGAACUACUUCAAGGUCAAUGCCUGGUCGUUUUUUCAAGUGGUCGCCAUGAUUGCCGUGGGAACACUUCAAGUCGUCAUGGUAAGAAGUCUCUUUGACACAAAUUCAAAGGUACACAAGAUCUGGAGCAAACUUUCUUAGUGCCCAGCCGCAGGAGACUGCCGUAAGCGCUGUAAAUUUAGCAAAAAUGCCACCAAAGAUUACCAUGUCUUGUCAUCUGCCCAGUCGCCAUCGGAGAUAUUCGGAACAUCACUCAUGCCAGUCACAUACCAAUAAAUCCUAUAUUUUAAGCAAAAAAA